AUGGAGGCCAAUGCCACGUCCACCGCCGGGCUCACAGCCAUACCCGAGGGACUGCUCCGACUAGUCUUUGCUGGGGUCUGUGGCCUCAUCCUGCUGGUGGGGCUGCUGGCCAGUGGACUGAUGCUGCUGGUGGUGGGUCGGGGCCCGUGCGCCCCCCGCCCACUCCUCGCCCUGACCAACAGCCUCAUGGUGAACAUCACACUGUCUGACUUGCUCUUCCUGGUCUACGUGGUGCCCGUGCUCCUGCUGAGCUUCUUGCGGCGUGACUGGUGGCUGGGUCCCACCAUCUGCACCACCAGCCAGGCUGCCAACAACACCACCAUGUUCUGUACCUUCUACAGCAUGGUAGCCACGGCUCUUCUGCGCCAUGUGGCAGUGGCCCAGCCUGACGUGGCCCUUCCAUCCAGCCCAGGCACCCGCCUGCUGCUCUGUGGGACCAUGUGGGUCUUGGGCCUCACUGCGUCGCUGCCCAACUGGUUGUUUCAGCAAGUGGUAGUGGAAGAGGAGGCCCAGGCCUGCCUCUUGCUCCUGAACCCUGCUCAGACCUCCUGCUGCUUCACCCUACUGGGAGCCCUGGCCUUCCUGCCUUGUGUGCUGGGGCUGGGCUGCUCUUUCAGCCACGUGGGUUGGCUCCUAUGGACACAACCCCGUGGCCCCAUGGGAGAGAGCAUCCGGGAGCACCAGGAAAACACAGGGCUCAUCCUUGUAGUGUUGGUGGUCUUUGUGCUGAUGUGGGGGCCCUGCUCAGUGCUGGGCUAUGUGGCAGCUGUGGGUGACCUGCCUGCCACACCAAUGGCUUUUGUGGCAUCCAGCUUCUGCACCAUCCUGGCCUACUCCAACUGUGCUGUCAGCCCCAUCCUUUGCUUCUCCCUCUCCCGCCCCUUCCAUGCAGGACUCAGGGACCUCUUCUGCAAGCAGGUGGCAGCCAGGCACCCCAGAGGUGUGGAAGGGGCUGAUAUGGUGAUGGAGAGUGUCCAGCCUGGACAUGGCAGGGCCCAAGGAGGCCUAUGGGAUCUAGCAGGUGUCUGA